UCCCCCUUCAGACGUUGUGGUCUAUAGGGCAGAUGAUGUAAAGGCCAUCUGAUUCUGUGGCCUACGGUUAUCGUGGUUGUCAUGUGGCCAGCACAACGACCAACCGCCUUUACUUUCCCCCAACUAAUGUCAGGUACCCAUUAGAGCUGGGUGGACUCAGAGAAGGAUCCCGAAAUUAAAAAUCUCAGUCUCACCAGGAUUCGAACCCGGGACCCUCGGUUCAGAAGCCAAGCGCUAUACCGCUAUUCCACCGUGCCUCCAAUUGGAGAAUUAGAAGAUAACAAUACAAUUAACCUCACUGUUAGCCUCAAAGAUUAGUAAACUUAGGUUCCGGUAUAUUACUAUGAAUGAAAGUAUUGACUUAAAUAUAUGAAAUUGAGGUAAACAAAAAGAAAGCGGGUAAAAAUAUCUCUAAUCGCUCAGAUUUAUCAUUGUUAGUCUAGAUCUAUCUAAUUGAUACAUUUAAUAUUAGCUUCGUUUUUUAACUCUUUCUCUACGUAAUUAUUUUUCAACGUUUUGAAGGAAUUCUUCAUUUUGCUAUUUAGUAUCUCACUACCCUUUCAUGAUAAAGCUUCAAUAGCUUUGUUUUUUUUUUAUCAGAAAAUGUAUCUCUUACAGAAUUGACGGGAAAUGCAUGCUCUUUUUAUAUAACACAAAGUCAUUUUUAUAAAAUGAAAAAUUAAUUUAAUUUAAUGAGGUCAAAUAAACGAUGGGAUCGUCGAUUAGGACAGAAGGAGUUCAGUAUUUUUUUUUAUAUUUUUUUUUUGCUUGUUAUUCCAUUUCUUUCUUUCUGUCCUUUGCUCUACAGCUGACACUAAAUCGCCGCACAAGACUGCUUGCGCCAUGUUACGUAAAAUAUUUCACAUUGACAAUCGUUCUUUAUAAUUCAUAAAUGUUACAACCGCUAUGCUAUGUCGCCAAUAUGGCAUUGGUGCACCACGAUUCUCACUAAAUUAACUCUUCCUGGCAUGGCAAUAAGCAUCUCUCUUAUCAAUGAUUUAAGUGGAGCAAUGGGGCGGAGUCUCAUUCCUAGCCAUGGUACAUCUAUCAGUGACUCGAAAGAUCAAAUCUCUCUUUCGCUUUUUAGUUUUCAAGUGUUUGUGGUUACUGUUCACGUGUCAUUGUAUUACGCCCUCUUAUGAGGAAUAAAAGGAAUUCUAAAGCGUGAUAGAACAGCUUUCAGCUUUGAUAUUUCUUCAAUAAAAUAAACUCAUUAUGGAUACAAUAUAGCGUAGUAAUUUUUUAAAAAAAAAUUCGCUUGUAUUUUAAAAAUAUAUUAUUUUCGCAAUCUGUAUGAAAAAAAAAACAAUGCCUACUUUUUUAUGGCUCAUGGCAAUUUGUCUAAUGUGUAGUAAAGCGGACAACGCUAGUUCAACAGCUAUAUGCCAGAGUCGUGAGCUAGAUCUUCAUAUAGUGAUAGACUGUCAGCACCCGCCACGUAAAUGGGACAUGAUAAGAAACAUCAUACAUUUGUUCCCAACUUCUGGCUCAGAAAAUAUAACCCAGAAACUAUCAGUGACAUUGAUAGAUAUAUUUAGUUUAAAUAAUAUGACUGUAGAGAAAUCGAACAUGAACAAUGUAUCCGAACUUUGUCAGCUGCCCACGAACCAAACCGAACUAGAGACAUUUAAAAAAAGACUUUCAAAUCUAGUGAGCAACGUUAGGAGAGGAAAUGACCAAGAUUCCGAGUCGUUCGCUAUAUAUAUAUUCCAUGACCAGCAGAAUAUUGUUUCUGAAUUUUUAGACUACUCAUCAAAUUUUACAAAUAAUCUAAUGAUUGCUAUUUCAGAUCGGUAUUGGGUUGGGAUGGGAAGCUUUGGUAACUUUAUCGAGGUGGAUGGUGAAGACGACUUGUUGUAUAACAAUGAAUUGAGCCUUAAACUAUGUUCUCGGUGCUUAAAAGGCUGGUUUCCAACUUAUCAUGCUGAAAAUAAAGACAUCAUAAAAUCGUGUUUGCGUUAUGAGAAGGAAAAAAAACGCCUAACCUGGCAGGAUGCUGCCAAUUACUGUGCUCAAAAAAGGUCACAUUUGAUCACGUUUGAAACGAAAUUGGAUUUCACAUCAAUGCAAUCAACCUUAGAGAACAUUGUCAAGAAAUUUUCAAAAAAAAAUUUCGAGGCAAAAGAACCAGUUCUGUUUCAUAUAGGACUUAACACUUUAAACGCAAGGCUUAACGAAAAACUAGUGUGGAUCAAUAGCAGACCAGUUGAUUCAUUUAUGUACUCACUAAUAAAAAAUCCGAGCCUAUCAAUAAAUAGCAAGAAAGAUUGCUUUGUUUGGGACCUCACUGGGAUUGAAACAAAGGACAAAGUGAUAUUCAACGUUUUGUGUGGGGAUAAAAGAACUCAUGAUUUACUAUGUGAGCAAGAACUUUUAAAAUCAUCGGACUCGCUCAAAAUUAGUCAUUCAAAUGUUCUAACAUAUGAGGUUCCUAAUAAUAAUUUCAUCAAAAUUAAAAAUGUUAUUGCUGCUAUUUCGAAUAAUUUUGUUUUAAACCCUUCAGGAUUUCCGCUAUUUCAUUGUGGUUACAAUGAUUACCCGACCUCAUUUAACUUCGUAUGUGAUGGAUUCCUAGAUUGCCUGAAUGGAGAGGAUGAACAAAUAUGUAAAUAUGAAUUUGACGACUUAAAUAUGUGCAUUCGAAGUGAACUGUUUGUGUGUCGAAAUCCAAACGUCCACGGACUUAAAUGUAUUUCUAAAAGACAUGUGUGUGAUAUGAUUGAGGAUUGUCCUGAUGGAAGUGACGAGUCAAACUGUGAUGAUUGUACUCUGACUCAGUGCUUACCAAAUGUUUGUAUACCUGACCACUGGAUUUGGAACUGUUCAUCGUUAAACAAAGAAAAUUUUUUAAAAAACUCAGAUUUAAUAACAAUAUGUAAUUCUAAUGCUUUUAAUUAUUAUCUAUCAAUUAACGAAUUUAAUAAAUAUAACCGUAUUUGGACUCCAAAAUGUGUUUAUAUAAAAGACAGACAUGGUGUCCAUAUUGGUUGUACUGAUUUUUCUCAUUUGUCUAACUGUUCAUCGUUUGAUUGCCCUGAAGGUUUUUCCAAGUGCUGGAAUUCAUAUUGUAUUCCCGAUACGUUUAUCCACGAUGGGGUCAAGGACUGUCCUCACGGUGAAGAUGAGGAAAGGCAUUACCAUAACACUGGAUCGUACUAUAGAUGUUAUUUUAGUUUCAAGGAGUUUCAUCCCAUGUAUAUAUGUGACGGAAAAAUUGAUUGCCCCAGAGGUGAUGACGAGCUAAACUGUGGAGAACCGCAUUGUCCAUCUGGAUUUAUCUGUCGUGACGGGACGGUCACUGUCAAUGAUACAAACACUUUACUCGACAUGUCUUCCCUUUCACCGGACAUAACAUUUCUAAACAUUUCUGGCAUUGAUCUGUCUAAACAAGUCAAUUUUAUAAACAUAGUUUCUUUCAGAAAAUUGUUAGUUAUUAUAGCUUCGAGGUGCAAUAUUCACGACCAAACUAGAAUAAAGGCUGAAAAACGUUCUGUUUAUCAUUUAGAUAUCAGCUACAAUAAUCUUUCUCAGUUUUCGCAGGCGGAUUUGGUUUCACAUUUUUCUAAUCUUUAUUUCUUAAAUGUUUCUCACAAUGCCGAUUUAAGUGUCAUACCAAGGUUUUAUUUCCGAAGGUUUCUAAAGCUUACCCUACUAGAUCUUUCAUUUACCAGAAUUACGGAAAUAAAUGUAUAUUUCAAUGACAAAAUUCGCUUUCUUAAUCUUUCAGUAACAAAUUUAGAGCAUGUUAAGCUAUCUGAAAAGGCUGAAUAUCGAAUUAUUGAUUUCAGAAAAACUCGAGUUGCUAACACAAUCAAAGAAACAUUUUUCGACCACGCUACGGUAAAAGGUAAAGUGUUAGCAGACUUCAAACUUUGUUGUUCAUAUUUCAGAGGAGAAAAACUUCCAGCACAUCAAUGUGAAGCAGAAGAAGAAACUUUAUCAACUUGUGAAGAUCUUAUCGGAGAUUCUUUAAAACGAGUCUUGCUCUGGAUUGUUGCAAUAUGUGCAGUUUUUGGAAACAUGAUCGCAUUGGGCUAUCGUAUUAUAUUUGAAAGAGCGACAUUUCAUCUGACAUAUGUAUUAUUUGUUACUUGUCUUGGUGUCUCUGAUCUUCUAAUGGGCAUUUACCUUGUCAUUAUUGCCUCUGUAGAUGUAGUUUAUAGAGGUGUUUAUAUUGUACAUGAAAAUUCUUGGAAACAAAGUACACUGUGUCAGCUAGCCGGAACUUUGGCCACAUUGUCCAGUGAAACAUCCACUUUUUUCAUUCUGUUCAUAACACUUGAAAGAUUUCUGACCAUCAGAUUUCCUUUUGGCGAGCGCAAAAUUUCCAAAUCGGGUAAAUAUGUUUUAACAUCUGUAGCUUGGUGUUUUGGAUUGUUCCUGUCAGUGGUUCCAAUCUUAUUCCGAGAUAUGUCUUUAUAUUCAAAUAAUGGAAUGUGUCUCGGAUUUCCUUUAAGAAAGUCCACUGGUACUGUCUGGAUAUAUUCAGUGACCAUUUUUCUUUUCUUUAACUCUAUUUUAUUCGUUGUUAUCGCCAUGGGUCAGUUAUUAAUUUUCAUAACAAUAUCUCAACAUAGUUCUAAGUUUAAAACUGAUAGUCAAUCUUCUGCUAGACGAGCAGAUAACAUUACAGUGGCUCUCAAACUGUCAGUAGUAGUGCUGUCAAAUUUUAUCUGCUGGUUUCCGGUUUGUAUCCUGGCAAUAAGGACAGUGGUUAGUGACUAUGAGGUCACUCGUGAGACUUAUGCCUGGAUAAUAGCUUUAGUGCUACCCAUCAACUCAGCCUUAAACCCAGUCCUGUAUACUUUGCCACGUAUCUCUAAAUCAUGGACAGACUUUAAACGCAGAAAGUCUUCACAAUACUCAAAUUCGUAAAAUCGCCGCUAUACAAAGACAUUUGUUUAGAAAAUAUUAAAAUUAUUUAAUUGAAAUUACUAUAUUUAUAAUUUUUAGCUUUAGUGUCUGUUUGUCGUUUAAGGUUGUCUUGAGAAUAUGUUUUUAAU